AUGUUCCUUAACACAGUGCUGGUGGUCCUGUCGGACCUGGCGGCCAGGUUCCUGGGUAACACUGUGUUCCGGCAGCACUUCCACCUUUGGCUGUCAGCAGUCGUGAUGUUCGGCCCUGCACUGAGCCUCUGGGUCUCCCAGCACAGCAUCUUUGCCAAGAGAAGCCACUUCCUCUACAGGAUGUUCUUGCGCUCUGGUUGGGGCUGGACCUGCAUCUUUGUCGGCUCCUUUGUCUUCCUCCUCUCCUUCUCCAUCCGUCGCUCCCUCUCUCUCUCCAUCCGUCACCUCUCCCGGCUCGGGGUGGCUGGUGGAUUGUGGCUUGGUUUCUGUAAACUCCUGGACCUUCUGGAGAAUACCACAGGAAGCUGCUAUGAACCUUUACUCACCGGGCCAGAGAUCACCGAUGGGCAGCCUCUGUUGGUGUUGCGAGAAGGGGAGAGUAAGUCAGAGUGCCUCAAAGCUGGAAUGUUGUGGAGGGGGUAUGAAGUUUCAGAAGAUGUCUUCCUCCUCUGUCUCUGCUGCCUGCUGUUGGCUGAGGAAACAGCCGUGUUUGGCCCUUAUCUGAGCCUGGGUGGGAUCUCAGAUGCCCCUCUGAGGAUCCUCUUCCUGUUCUGUGUUCUCCUGCUCGGGCUCUGGAUCUUUCUGCUGCUCUGUCUCUUAGCUUACUUCCCUCAGUUCCCCACUCAGCUGCUAGGAGGCGCUCUGGGGUGUCUGAGCUGGAGGGGACUGUACCAGGGCUGGUACCGCCUGGGGCCCAGCUGGUACUGCCCUGGGAGGCCUGGACUGGGACUGCUCAACAUCAAGACCGGCAGUACUGAAUAGAGCCCGACCGAUAUGGGGUUUUUGGGGCCGAUGCCGAUAUUAAAGUGAA